AUGUUCAUGUUUGCAGGACACACGCUCUUGGCGUGCCGUCGACGCUGCACCUCGUUCUCCGCUGGGUGUGCGGUCAGGCUGCAUCGGAGCAGCGCCUCGAGCACCCUCGGACUGCGUGCGAAAAACCUGCAAGCAUCGAAAGCAACCUUGCUCUGGUGUCGACAAGAGCGAGUCCCAGCAAACGAGCAGGACGCAAGUGGGCAAACGGUGGGCCCCUCGCUCCGCAACGACGAUGCUCCGGAGACGAACGGUCCGGUUGGAGCGUCGCCCGCAACGCUCCCCGAAGCGAAUACCGACGCUUCAGCUACCGAUGCAGACGUCGAAACCACUGGAUCCGACGGACGCGCCAACGUUCGACGAGACCGAAGUCGCCUUGCGGCCUUGGUAACCUCAUUCGGUAUCAUGGCAGCGCUCAUCCGCGUCGAAUGGGUCGAACACAACACCAUCGAAGCGCUUUGGAUCGUGUUCUGCACCGGGUACGCAGGUAUCAUCCUAGAGGACAUACUUGAGUUCCAUAAAGCGGGUGCAGCGCUUCUCAUGGCUGUGGCUUCAUGGACCGCACUGGCGCUGGCUGCACCCGGAGAUAGCGCCCGAUACGUGAACUCCGUAGAGGUCACGACAGCGAUCCGAGAGUGUAUGGCUGAUGUGGCACCGCUUUUGUUCUUUCUGCUGGGAGCCAUGUCCAUCGUUGAAAUCGUGGAUGGACAUCGCGGAUUCCGGACGGUAACCGACUCCAUUCGGACUCGGAAUCCAGUCACGUUGUUGUGGAUCAUCAGCCUCAUUACUUUUUUCAUGAGCGCCAUUUUAGAUAAUCUCACGACGACCAUCGUGAUGGUGUCGAUUCUACGGCAGCUAGUACCGCCCAGUGCACGACGUUUGGUUGGCGCCGCAGUCGUCGUAGCAGCGAACUGCGGAGGCGUCGCAACGCCACUGGGCGACGUUACAACGACGAUGCUCUGGAUCGGUGGGCAGAUCACCACAGUGGCGACAAUCAGGGAUCUGCUGGUACCGUCUUUUGCAUCGUUGCUUGUGUCGGUACUCGUGUUUAGUCCGAUGGUAGCGCAGGCAGCGGCGAAAGACGCUAUCGAUCCUGUCGGCGGUGGUUCGCUGGCAGGAGCUGUGGCUCCUCGCGGGAGACUGAUCUUUUUCAGUGGCGUCGCCUCUCUGCUGUUCGUGCCGAUCUUCAAGGCAGGAACUGGUCUGCCACCGUAUAUGGGCAUGUUGCUUGGCUUGGGCUUUAUGUGGUUGCUGACGGAUGUUUUGCACGCGGGCGAGCCUGGACGUUUGGAGCUGCGAGCAUCGCGGGCACUCGCGCGCAUCGAUCAGAGCAGUAUCCUGUUUUUCCUGGGAAUCCUGAUGAGUGUCGGAGCCCUGGAAUCCGGCGGAGCACUGCGAAUGCUGGCACAAUGGUUAGAUAGCCAUCUUGCUGUUCGGGAGCUCAUUCCAACAGUGAUUGGUCUGGCGAGCAGCGUGAUUGACAACGUACCGCUGGUCGCUGCCACCAUGGGCAUGUACGAACUGAGUCAGCAUCCGCCGGACUCUGAGCUGUGGCAGCUUAUCGCGUACUGUGCUGGAACUGGUGGCAGCAUUUUGAUUAUCGGUUCUGCAGCAGGCGUGGCGUACAUGGGCAUGGAGAAGGUUGGAUUCUUCUGGUAUCUACGAAACGCCUCACUGGCAGCGCUCGCGGGUUAUUUUGCGGGUAUCCUGGUUUACAUCUCUCUUCACGGCGACGUUUUGCAGCGAUUAUUCCAUCAGGUUUUCUGA